AUGGGCCUCGUUCGCAUCCUGGGGCUCGCUCUCGUCUCAGCUCUCAUCCAGCUUGAUCGCGUUGCCGCCUGGGAAGCCCAAUGCGCAUCUUUCACCCUCCCCUCCAGCGUAGGGAAUAGCGCUACCCUCAUUGCAGCCUCCUACUAUCCCGCCGGAGCGCUAGUCAACGUCACCAGCUCGGGAGGGGCAGUGACGUCCAACUCUCUACCAGCGUUCUGUCGCGUGCAGCUACUCGUCAACACUGGCACUCGGAAUAUGACCAAUACAGAAGUGUGGUUGCCUGAUGCAUGGGACGGCCGAUUCCUAGCAGUUGGCAACGGUGGGUGGAGCGGCGGUAUGGUAUACAGCGACCUUGCUUACUCUGGCCUCGUCAAUGGGCACGCGAGCAUGUCCACCGACGGCGGGCAUACUUCUUCAUCCUUGGACGGCACCUGGGGAUUGAACAAUCCUGAAGCGAUCGUGGAUUACGCGUAUCUGAGCGUGCACAUCAGUGUCGUAGUCGCUAAAGAGGUGGUGAGCGCAUACUAUGGCGCCACGGCUGGAUUUAAGAGCUAUUGGCUUGGGUGUUCUACUGGUGGGAGGCAGGGAGAUCUUCAUGAGGGUAACAGGUUGAUGUCUGUGCAACGAUACCCAGACGACUUCGAUGGUGUCGUUGUUGGCUCUCCUGCAAACUGGAUCUCCCACCUUCAAGCCUGGUCGAUCCAUUUCAACCUUCUUGUCUCCCCUCAAAAUAGCACUUCCUGGAUUUCGGCUGCUACAUGGGCGUUGAUUCAUCAGGAGGUGCUGAAUCAAUGUGAUGCGUUGGAUGGUGUUAUCGAUGGACUUUUGAACGACCCUAGGCGCUGCUUCUUUCGACCUGAGACGCUCGCCUGUCGUCCGGGACAGGACGCAACUACCUGUUUGAGUGCCGCCCAGAUCAACGCCGUGCGCCUGGUAUUUUCAGACUAUUACGAGACCAGUCAGACCUAUAUAUUUGGCAGGCUGGAGCCUGGUGGAGAACUGGCUUAUGAGACCGGCCUGUUGGGAGCCAAUCCCGUUGAGAUCAACACAGACUAUUUCAAAGAUAUGGUCGUGAAUGACUCGAACUGGGACUACACAACACUCAACUACAGCACGAUACAGUUGGCGGAUCAGAUCGAUACGUACCGGUUGGACGCGGUAAACCCGGACAUUCAAACAUACGUCGCGGCCCCACACAACGGCAAGGUGAUACACUAUGUCAGUUGGGCGGACCAGCUCAUCUCUCCCGGCAAUUCACUCUACUAUUACGAGCAAAUGACGGCAUUUAUGAACCUAAACACGAACUUGAACGUGGACGACUAUUACCGGCUGUUCACCGUACCAGGCAUGCAGCACUGUGCGGGCGGAGAUGGACCAAACGGAUUCGGAGGUGAGGGACAGAGCGCUGCUGGCAUGCCCCCUCUGCAGCCCGAUGCCCUCCAUGAUGUGCUCCGCGGGAUGAUCGCUUGGGUGGAGCAGGGCGCAGCCCCGAACUACUUCAUCGCGACCAAGUAUGUGAACAACACGGCUAGCGGUGGUGUGCAGAUGACCAGGCCGCUCUGCAAGUUCCCGACGGAGAUUGUGUACAAUGGGUAUGGAGAUACGAACAAUGCCGGCAGCUUUUACUGUGCGUAG